AUGGCAACACAACUCAUCGCCCUCCCAGCCGUAGAGCGCCUCAGUCCCGCCUGUAUCCGCAUCCUGGGCGGCAACCCGGGCAAGUUCACCCUCCAAGGCACAAAUACAUACCUCCUCGGCACUGGCCGCCGGCGCCUCCUCAUCGACACGGGCGAGGGCCGUAACGCCUGGAUCACGUCCAUACGUGACACCCUCCAGCAGGAGAACGCCACCAUCGACGCCGCGCUCAUCACGCACUGGCAUCAUGACCACACGGGCGGCAUCAAGGACCUCUUGAGCAUCUCGCCGCAGACAAAGAUCUACAAGCACACCCCGGAGGAGGGGCAGCUCGCGAUCGAGCAUGGGCAGCGGUUCGAGGUUGAUGGUGCUACCCUGACGGCGGCGUAUACACCAGGGCACACCAAAGAUCAUGUUGUUUUCGUCAUGGAUGAGGAGGAUGCCAUGUUUACGGCUGACAAUGUGCUCGGCCAAGGAACAGCGGUUUUUGAAGACAUGGCAACAUAUCUACGGAGCCUCGAAGAGAUGAAGACGCUCUUCAAGGGCAGGGCAUACCCCGGCCACGGCCCUGUCAUCGAGCACGGUCCAGCCAAGAUUGCCGAGUACAUCACCCACCGACGUCAACGGGAAGAGCAGGUCAUCCAGACGCUGGGACUCGGGCCUGGAGAGGUCAAGACAAACGUCGCCGAGCUGAGGUCGACGUGGACGGCCAUAGAGUUGGUCAAGGUUAUCUACAAGGAGGUGCCAGAGACUCUCCACCCGGCGGCCUGUGGUGGUGUGUUACAGAUCCUGGGGAAGUUGGAGGGCGAAGGCCGGGUGGCCCGUGACGGAGAUGGAUGGCGUUUGUUGGGUGAAGGACGUCCGUCUUUAUAA